AUGAAAAGUAAUGAUUACGUUUUAAUUUCAAACAUUUGGCCAGUUAGUAUAAUUGGUCAAAAUGUUUAAAUCCAUUUUUAUUUUCUGUCUAUCUUUUUACAUUGUGUUUGCAAAACAUGAAGAAUAUGAUGGAUACUCGUUAUUCGGCGUCGACGUAGACAAUGUGGAUCAGGCACAGUUGGUCAAUGGAUUGGAAAACCGGCUGGGUGUUGAUGUGUGGUCACAUGCGUUGCCUGGGCGCCCAGGUCAGAUUCUAGUACCGAAGGACCAGAAGCAACAAUUCCAAGAGACCCUAGACGACGCUGGCAUCACAUACCAUGUUGUUGUGAAGAAUAUUAAAGAGUCGCUUGAAUUGGAAGAUAAUUUGUUGUCCUCUGCGGCUAGAAGCAGCAACCGAUCAUCUAUUGGUCUUCCAUUUGAUAGCAUUCACCGAUAUGAUGUGGUCGACGCCUAUCUUGUGGAGUUGGCUCAACGUUUCCCAAAUGUAGUGACUGUGGCCUCUGCUGGAAGGAGCUUCGAAGGUCGCGACAUCAAAUACCUAAAGAUUUCCACAAGUAACUUCCAGGAUCGGAGCAAACCCGUCGUGAUGAUGGAAUCCCUCCUCCAUUGCCGCGAGUGGAUUGGCUUGGCAGCGACACUGUAUGCUAUUGAGAAACUCGUCAUUGAUGUGACAGAACAGGAUAUUGUCAACGAUAUUGAUUGGAUCAUCAUUCCUAUCGCCAACCCUGAUGGUUAUGAAUUCACUCAUACUUCAAGUCGCUUCUGGAGGAAAAACCGUGCUACUGGUUACAUUACCGGCAAUUGGUGUAUGGGGGUAGACCUGAACCGUAACUUUGACAAGAACUGGGGUACUGCCUCUAGCUCCAGCGUCUGCUCCGACACUUUCCACGGCAGAGCCCCCUUCUCCGAACCAGAAACUGCCGCCAUCAGAGACAUUAUUCUCGAACACAGAGACAGAAUCGAACUCUUCUUGGACAUCCACAGCUUCGGCAGUAUGAUCCUGUAUGGCUUCGGAAACGGUGUCCUACCCCCCAACGGUCUGUUGAUCCACGUCAAUGGAGUAUUGAUGGCACAAACAAUUGACAGCGUAAAACUUAGCUGGAAGCCGAAUUAUAUUGUUGGAAACGUUGCUUCGGUGCUGUACCAAGCUUCAGGUAGCGCACAAGAUUAUGCCCAAGAUGUCGGAGCGACUUACUCGUACACAUUUGAGCUGCCUGCGUAUAGAAAUAUUCAGAAUUCACUCAACGGUUUCUUGGUAGACCCUGACUUUAUCGAGCAAGCUGGAUUUGAGACCUGGGAAGGUAUCAAAGCUGGUGCCAGGUACGCAGCCAAUACUUUCAGACAGAGAGAAAUGAUGAGACGACAACUUUGAGAAAAUAUAUAGGUGCAAGUUACUGACUAUUUAAUCAGAUAAAUACGAAACAUAAUGUUACUUAAAAAUAAAUAUUUUUAAAUGCAACAAAUAAAUAAAUAAAUAAAGAGAAAAUAUAUAGGUGCAAAUUACUGACUAUUUAAUCAGAUAAAUACGAAACAUAAUGUUACUUAAAAAUAAAUAUUUUUAAAUGCAACAAAUAAAUAAAUAAAUAAAUAAAUACUGUUCUUA